AUGACACAACCCCUCGAGAAUCGAGAGACUGAAGAUCAGAUAUCAGCCUAUUUGGACACUACUCCUGGCACCGAGAUACUGUUCGACGAUCUCAGCAAGCAUGGAGCCAUUUCAGAUCAACUUCACCAGCUGAAGCAUGUCAAGAAAGGGGACUCUCGUGUUCUGCUGGUUCCUCAACCCUCUGCCACUAACCCCAAUGAUCCCCUGAGUUGGCAUGACACGAAGAAGUCUCUGACCUUCUUCAAUGCUUGUUGGUAUUCGUUCAUGGGCUCCAUCACAGGGCCGAUAAUGGCGGCCGGGAUGAUUCAGCUGUCCACCUUCUUCGGCAAGACUUUGCAGGAGAUGACCUACGCAAACGGGGCCACUCUUGUCUGCCAGGGCGUGUUCAACAUCGUCUGGAUGCCUUUUGCGGUCAAAUAUGGUCGCCGACCCGUCUACCUCUUCUCCAACUUCCUCAUGGCCAUGGCGUGCGUGUGGCUAGGGAUCGCCUCGACGAGGAAUUACAAGGUCUUCAUCACCGGGCGCGCCUUUCUAGGCGCAUGGGAAGCGCCAAUCGAGUCCAUUGUUCCAAGUACCAUCACCGACAUCUUCUUUCUACACAACCGGGGGGAGCUCGUCUCUAUAUAUGGCCUUUCUGUGCUUGGCGGCAACGAACUUGGGCCCAUGUUUUCUGCCUUCAUCAUCCAAGGUCUCGGGAUGAAUUGGGCUUUCUUCAUCGUGGCCAUGUUUAUUGGUGCCAAUGUCAUCUGCAUGAUCUUUUUCAUGCCCGAAACGAAAUUCACCGGACCUCGACCGAAGAUCGUGUCAAUUCUCCAAGAUGCCGGAAAAGGGGAAAGGUCGCAGGUUUCGGAAGUUGAGGUCGAAAGCCCCGUUCCGAAGAAGACCUUUGUCCAAGAGCUCAAGUUCUGGAGCAAGGGAGAUCCAAAGGUCAAUCUUCUGCAUACCUUUCUCCGUCCCUUUGUGCUUCUGGCGUACCCGACCGUCCUCUGGUCCUGCUGCAUUUACGGACUCGCGCUCAGCUGGAAUGUUAUUCUGGGAGCUAUUGUUGCGCAGCUUUUCUCCCCGCCCCCAUACCUAUUCGACUCGAAUGCGCAGGGACUCUUCUUCCUGUCUCCAUUCGUUGGCUCGCUCUUUGGAGUCUACUUCUCGGGGAAAAUGGGCGACCAGAUUGCAAACUGGGCUACGAAGCGGAAUCAAGGCAUCCGGGAGCCGGAAAUGCGCCUUCUGACUUGCUUCGUCGCCGCCGCAUUCACUUUUUUUGGAGCCCUGUGGUUCAGUCUCUCGUACGAACAUCACACUCAUUGGGCUGUACCCAUUGUGGGCGCUGGUGUCUUGUCUGUAGGGAGUCAAAUGGGGGCUACCUUGGGUAUGAACUACGCCCUCGAUUGUCACCAAGGGUUGUCCGUCGAGAUUAUGGUGACUAUUGCCUCGCUAAAGUCGCUGAUCGCUUGGAUCUGGACGUGGGAGAUCAACAACUUCAUCGACUCGAAUGGCGUCUUGACGGUCUUCAUGACGGUGGCAAGCAUCAACGUCGUUGUCUACCUGGUCUGCAUCCUGUUCUACCUUCGGGGCAAGCGAAUUAGGCUCUGGCUCCAGCAGAAAGACCUCAUGCGCGCAGCGAACGUGGCGUAA